AUGGCCUGGAACAAACACAUUUAUAUUUGCGGUUUCCUUCUUACGGUUAUUGCCGGCCAUGCUUUUCUCUGUACAGGGGGAAGGCAACUAAAAGAGAUCAACAAACAGAAAUCUGAUCAUUUUAAAGAUGAGAAAGGACAGGGAAAUCGGGGCAAAGAACCAAUAGGCUCAAAGCAUAUCCCACUGGGGCACAAAGGUGAUCUUCACGUAACGUGGACCCUUGCUAGUCAUGAAAUUUCAGAAGCGAAAGAAUCUUUCCCACCAACGUCGAGAGUCAGUCCAAAUCCAAAUCCUGGAUUUGGCAGCUCACUAACAGCAUACGUGAAUGGUUUUCAACCUACAACACCAGGAAACAGUCCAGGAGUUGGUCAUUCAUAUGUAGGAGGAAAGGCGGAGAAUAAGCAAAAUGCACCAAAUAGUACGUCCAGUGUAGCUCAUGCUCUCGAGUCAAACCCCGAUGAUUUCCGACCCACAGGACCAGGUCGCAGCCCUGGUGUUGGCCAUUUCUACCGAAGCGCAAACUCAGAGCCAAAUGUGUAG